AUGUACAAGAUCCCAACAUCUCGGUGCAAUGACAGAUGUCCUCCUGGAUACAGAAAAGCUUUUAAUGGAGGAUUCCAUGUCUGCUGCUAUGACUGUGUCCCAUGUUCUGAGGGAGAAAUAUCCAAUACAACAGACAGUAAGAUCUGCCAUAAAUGUCCUGAUGAAGAGUGGCCGGAUGAGAGAAGAGUGAGAUGUGUACCCAAAAUAUAUGACUUUCUGUCCUAUGAAAAGGACAUUGUGGUGCAAAUAUCUGCAGUAACAUCUUUAUCUUUCUCUGCCAUAACAUUAUUUAUAUUAGGGAACUUUAUUUAUUACUGGAACACCCCAAUUGUGAAAGCCAACAACCGGGCUAUAAGCUUCAUUCUCCUGAUCUCCAUGUUGCUGAGCUUCCUCUGUGUGUUCUUGUUUCUCGGCCGACCAGUGGAUAUAACCUGCAGACUCAGACAGACAUCAUUUGGGAUCUUCUUUUCCACAGCUGUCUCUUCUGUACUGGCCAAGACUGUCACUGUCUUCAUUGCUUUCAAAGCCACCAAACCUGGAAGCUCCUGGAGGAAGUGGGUCACACUCAAAGUAUCUAAACAUGUGAUCAUUGUGUUCUCCUCUCUCCAAGCUCUGAUCUGUGGUAUCUGGCUGACUGUUUCUCCUCCCUACCAGGAGUAUGACCAUCACUCCUAUAAGGGAAUGAUCAUCAUUCAGUGUAAUGAGGGGUCAGUGAUUGGGUUAUACUCUAUGUUGGGUUACAUGGGUAUCCUGGCAUUUGUGAACUUUAUUCUAGCUUUCAUGGUGAGGACAUUACCGGACAGCUUUAAUGAGGCCAAGUACAUCACCUUCAGCAUGCUGGUGCUCUGCAGUGUCUGGAUUGCAAUGAUCCCGGCCUAUCUGAGCACCAAAGGGAAAUACAUGGUGGCUGUUGAGAUAUUCGCCAUACUGACCUCAUGUGCUGGUGUUCUGGGCUGUAUAUUUUUCCCAAAGCUGUAUAUUCUGCUUAUAAAACCUGAAUUUAACUCCAGAAAAACAAUACUGGGGAAAAACACUAUAUAAACCAUCAGAUACUGUACUUUACCAU